AUGGCUGCGACCGACAUCGCUCGUGUACGCAGCCUCAUCCUCCCUACACUGGCCUACCCUUCAGCAGAUCGCAGUGCCACGUCCUGGCAAGACAAAAUGCGAUCCCAGCCUCAAAUCAUCCACCGUGGCCUCAUCAUCAUCGAAAAGCUCCACGAGAUCUACAACAACGUCUCCGCAAGCCCCGGGAACACUGAGUUCGGAAUCCAGCUCACCACUGUUCCAAUGACCAAGCUCGGCGAAGCCAGGAUCCGAGCGGUAAUGGCUGCAAUCUACGGACUCCCCACCGUGGACCAAAGGACUUUGUGGCUCUUCUUCGACGCCAUCACCCCAAUGGCCGACCAGAGAUCUUGGUUCCACGAAAACCGGAGGUUAGUAGCAAACGGCGAGUUUGUGGUUACGCCGCAAGCCUGGACCGUCAAGGCUGGCGUUGCGCGCAUCGGCGUGAUUUUAGAGACGAAGUACCGGGACAUCUACCAAGGUCUCUCGCACCGGGACGAAUUUUGGAGGGAUGAGGUGGAUGUGUGCGAGCUCAAUGGCUUUCUCUGGCUCGGAAAGAAGAUUGAGAAGUGGGGUGAGGAGUUGAUGAACCGUGGUUGA